AUGGAGGCAACUGCUAAGGGCGGUGAUGCUGAUACACAGGAGGAUGGCAUUAAAUGGCAGAAGUUUGAGUCACAGAAUAUUGUUCAUAGAUUGAUAAACCGAGAAUUGCAGCACAGCAGCCGGGGAACAGUUUUUGUUGACGCUCGAAAAUUUUACCUUCAUGUUGUGCCUAAUUAUAGCAUUCUUAAUGUCGACAAACCACCUUGUUACCUGCGCAAGUUUUCUCCUAAUGGAAAACACUUCAUCGCUAUAUCCUAUGACCAGACAUCUUUGGAAGUCUACGAAUUUCAAGGGUCAGAAGCUGCCGGCCGCCUGAUAGAAAAUAUCAAGGGUGACGUCAUCCCAGGACCAGAAAACAAUGAGGGCAAAUCAAUACACGUCCGUGGCAAAGUCUUCUCCCAGUUCCUCCACAAGCGGCAUGUUGUGCGAGUGACUGGGGGAGAGGAGGUGCUCAACAGGGAGUGUAGUUUGUUUACAGACGACAGCCGAUUUGUCAUCGUAGGAUCCUGUCAUCAGCUACCAGAGGACAGCGGGUCAAGGUUCUAUGAUGUGUAUAGAAACAAUGAGUGUAUAACUCCAAACAACAGAUUGGUUCCUGAGGAUUACACACUUUUUAUUAUAGAUCUGAAAGCAGGUGUUGUCUGCGACCAGAGGCGCUUCCGCCUGGACAAGAUCUACCUGUCCCACAAUCAAGGUAUCUGCUUGUACGGAAACAUCCUGACAGUGCUGUCGGUGCAGCAGCAGGUGAUUCACGUGUUUCACAUCUCUCCGCAAGGAACUUUUGUUGACAUUCGAACUAUCGGCAGAUUUUGUUAUGAUGAUGAUGAAGCUUUUUACAGAGAGACUUGCCAUCUUUAUCCACCUACAAGCAACAGAUCCUACAACAUAUUUGAUCAGUCAAUCAACUCCUUGAAGCACAGACUGUUGGUGUAUUUGUACAAGGCAGCCAGCAACGGUCACCUGGACCAAGGAGUCAGAUCUUUCUAUUGGGCCAUGAAUGACAUCUUGAAUCUGCGAAUGGGAAAACUGCAGUUGUUGGAUGAGGAACACCUGCUCAUCAAGUAUGCUAUAGAAGAAGUCGUGACUUUCAGAAACGGUGAUCCAUUCAACAUGCCGUCCUUGUUUGUUGUGUACAACAUGAAUACAACUGAGAUUCUAGGCGUUUAUGAACAUACGUCACCUGAACUUCUGGAGCUAAUGGAAAAUUUCCAUGAUCAUUUCCGUAAUUCGUGGCUUCACCUGCAACCUCAGUUUCCUUCGUCUCCAUCAUCAUCAGUCCAUGCCAGACGCAUUCAGCAGAUUUUCAAAUGGACACUGAUUGUUGCCAAGAAUGGUGGACAGAGAGAAGCCAUAUCUCGUAUGCUGACACAGCUGCCAAUCAGUGCCCAGUCAUACAGUUGUUCUCCAUACUUGGACUUGGCAUUGUUUAGUUAUGAUGACAAGUGGGUGUCACAGUUAGAGAGGCCCAAAACUUGCAGCGACCACCCCAUUAGGUUUUUCACUCGUGACUCUGGCAUGCUUCGUUUCAAAAUGACUACUGGGGCAACAGAGAGACAGUUGCCGCCAAUCAACCGCCGUCUGGUAGCUUUCAUAUUUCAUCCAUUUGAGCCAUUUGUGAUUAGUGUUCAGCGAACUGCUGCAGACUACAAAGUGAAUUUUCACAUUCGCAAAUGUCCCGCAUGA